AUGGCUUCCAGCAAUGUGAAGGAGAGUACUCAGCCCAAGCAGCGAAUUACGACGAUUGUUCUAGCUGUGUUGGCCAUUUUCUUUUUGAUACUGAGACUAGUCGCUCGGCGCAUGAAGCACAUUCACCUAGGGGUGGAUGACUGGACUCUUGUUGUGGGAUUGAUAUUUGUGUUAAUUAUUGCGGGAGUCAACCUCGCCUGUAUUCAAUAUGGCAUGGGAAAACACACUGUUACCAUCCCUAUUGAUAAACAAUCCACGGUUUCUAAGUUGGUCUACACUUUUGAACCCCUCUAUAUCACAACAGCUGGUAUCAUAAAGUUUGCUGUACUGCUCAUGUACUAUCGAAUCUUCCCUGUCCGCUUCAUCAAAAUUGGCGGUCUUAUCCUGGGCGGAAUCACCCUCGCUUGGGUGAUAGGCAUGGAUCUCCUAGCCAUAUUUCAGUGCUGGCCGAUUUCCAAGGCCUUCAAUCCCACACUUCCUGGUCACUGCAUCGUUCUGAAGGGGGCACUGAUUGGGAACGGUGUACCAAAUUUUGUGGUGGACAUAUUCAUUUUGGCUAUGCCGGCAAAACUCAUUUGGGGGUUACAAGCAAGUCUAUGGCAGCGUGUAUCAAUUAUAUGCGUGUUUUUGACAGGAAGUUUCGUCGUGUUUGCGAGCAUCUAUCGCUUCAGCCUCAUUUUCAUCUUCGAUAUAAACGACGUGGCUUGGACUCUCGCCGACGCACAAACCUGGUGUGUUGUUGAGACCGCCGCAGGCGUCAUUUCUGCCUGUUUACCUACCAUGACCCCAAUUGUCAAAUAUUUUACCAAAGGCGUGGUCUCGACCGCUCGCUCGCUCUCAAAAUCGAAUCUGACACAGUCCGAAACUGGAGUUCUUUCACGGGUUGAUACUGGCCCGGCAGAUUUGAUCGUUGCGGAUAACAACGUCACGGACAUAGCCGGUGACGUUUCUCGUCGAAGUAAUGGGAACUAUGGGCUGGCAGAUAUGAGCCCUAACAAUCGAGGGAGCUUACAUCUAAAAGGCAAGGGUUGGACGAUGAUAAAUGCUGAAGUUGAUAGUGAUUCAACCUAG